AUGAAUGUUACGCGUAACUAGAAUUAUCAUUACAUGCUAUAACAUAUGUAGUUCGUCAUAAUUUUCAUCAUUUUUUUAAUAUUGAUUUGUUGAGGAUAAAGUAAAGCUUACAAGACUUAGACAAACUUAAACCCAUUCUUACUUCAGUCCAAACCUUCCAUCAAAAUCAACAAACAAAACUAGUUUAAAAUCUCAGAGGCUAUCAACUAACGACUAACCUCACGAAAUGACUACCCCUUAUGGCACCUACCCAACCAACUACCCUCAAACAAAUCCACCACCGUAUAAUCCGAAUCCACCACCUGCCAACCCCUACUACCAGCAGCAGCCCGGUCAGCCCUAUUUCGACCCCAACGUAGACGUUGAUGCUAACCAGAGAAGCGGGAACAACCAGAGGGGGUAUGACAACGCUGCUGGACCGCCCCCGAGUUAUCCGCCUGCAGCUGCUGCAGCAGCUGGGAUGAGGGCCUACACACCAGAGGGUUUAAUGGACGAUGAUGCUGAUAGUAAUAUGGAUAGUUUCAGUGAUAAAGCUGUGAGAAGGGCUUUUAUAAGAAAGGUCUAUCUAAUUGUCACGUGUCAACUCCUUUUUACCUUGCUUUUUGUCAUUCUUUUCUCCUCACUUGAUCCUAUCAAGAAAUUCCUGAGAACUUAUUCAUGGGUAUAUUACAUAGCUUACGCCAUAUUUUUUGUGACGUACAUUGUUCUGGUGUGUGUUAAGACGGCUAGAAGAAAAGUUCCUUGGAAUUUCGUCUGCCUCUCUGUAUUUACUGCUGCCUUUACGUACAUGGUUGCUACGAUAUCAGGAUUCUAUGAGACAUACAUCGUCGUUAUAGCCCUGGCCAUCACAGUUGUCGUCUGUGUCG